AUGGCGCGAACUGGACAGCAGAAAUCGCUCCGAUUCAUUCUUGCCCUCGUGGUGGGCUUCUGUCUUCAUAGAGCCUUUGUUGGACCAAACGGAGGACAUGAAGUCAGCAAAAUUCCUCGAAGUGCUUCCAGUGGCAAGGUCAACGUUGACAAAAGCCAGGACUUGCGCGACUUUCUCCUGGGGGGUGUUGUUCCAACUCCAAGCAGCGAACCUCCAAGCAGCUCAACACCCAAGGCAACACCCAAGGCAACACCGGAGGCAACCACGAAGGCAACCACGAAGGCAACCGCGAAGGCAACACCGAAGGCAACACCGAAGGCCACACCGAAGGUAGCUGCUUCAUCGACAAAGAGUGCAAAGAAGACAUGGGAUGUGCCUGUUUUGGAGUGCGACGAGGGCUGCAUUACGGCCAUCGAGAGCUGCUUAGAGGACGGAUGCAGCGUGGAAGCCAUGAUGAAGCUGGAUGCUGCCAUUGCGAAAGACGAAAAAGCCAUCAAGGCAAAGCUUAAGGGAAAAGAGGAUGCUUGGCUCGAAAAUUUUCUUCAGCGAUCUGGGGCACUUCGAGCUCAGCUUGCAACGAUGGUGAACAGGAAGACUUCCGAGCCUUGGAUGGCACAACUCAUCAAGGCCGCAUCUUUGGCAUUCAAGACCAGCAGAGAGGGGGACUACCCCAAGGCCAUCAGUCCAAGGGAGAAUGCCAGGUGGGCCCUUCCUCCUAUUCAUCGUAGAAGGCUCAUGGUUAUCAAGGAGAUCUUUGCCGGCGCAGUUGAAGAGCUGUCAGUGGGAGGAGUGUCAGCUGAUGUCGGCUGUGACUGCUUGGCAAACCACUGGCGGGUACAAUCGGUACAAUCUGUCGAUGAUGUGGGUGCCCCUGAGAAGAAGGCAAACCCACAAUUUCGGUCGUCUCCGAAGUCGAGAGCUUUCGAGGCACCACCGAUGAUUCCGCCUCCAGGCUCCAUCCCCAGUGAGAUGGUGGCGAUUGAAUUGCGCCUCGAUCGGAUUUUGGAGAAGGUGGAUGCUUGUUUGGCAGAACUUUCGGGCAAAGACAAAGUGCAGCCCGUGCCCACCCUGAAGCGGCAAGUCUCCUCUCUCAGUGGAAGAGGACAGGACGAGCUACCGCAUGUGCCUAGUUCAUCGUCGUUGCGUCAGCACAUGGUUCCCUUCAACGUCAUGGAAAAGGCCGAGCCAAGGGAAAUGAACGAUGAAUCUUCCGUUGUGCCCUUGCGGCCAAAUCGAAAAGCUGGAAAGGUUCGCAGUCUUGACCUAAGACUGGCCUCGCAGCUUAUCGACCCCGGUGCUUUCGCUGGCGGGUGCCAUAACUGGUGCCAUGGGGGACGGGCGAAAACAAGCGAGCGAGGUCGGGGUCGUUGCGAGCGAGUUUGGGAAGUCUUGGAGGAUCCACACUCGAGCAGAGCUGCUUGGUGGAUUUCACAGACGAUGAAGGUGAUUGUGAUCCUGAGUGUUUUCGUGACAAAUAUGCAGCUUAGCCAGGAGCCAAUCACCUAUGGACAAACGUUCGCCUUUUUGGAGACAACAUUCGAUCUCAUCUUUUUUCUUGAGUUCUUGUGCCGGAUCUUCUCUGCACCAUCCAAGAAGGAAUACAUCAAGGAUGCCUUCAACUGGGCAGAUGUGGCAUCAGCCAUGGGGCUGCUCCUGCGCGUUAGCAUCGGCUUGGUCAUGGAGGAGCCAACAGAGCCAGCACGGGCCACGAUUCAAGCGAUUCUGCUUUUUGUUCUGCCAACUGUUCGCUUUCUCAAGUUGCUGCGCUAUUUUGAAACCAUCCGGCUCUUGAUCGAUGCCUUCCGCAAAUCGCUUGAUGCUUUGCCGGUGCUAAUGUACACGAUGGCUCUCAUGGUGGUGCUUUCUUCCACUGCUCUUUACCUAUUGGAGUCCAGGACCAACAUUCCCAGUAUUCAGUACUCAAUCUGGCUUUGCGCGGUCACCAUGACGACAGUGGGUUACGGAGAUGUGGUGCCAAAAUCGCUUGGUGGCUACAUUGUUGCGUCCAUUCUGACCAUUGCCAGCGUGCUGUUCCUUGCAAUGCCAGUGGGUAUUAUCGGACACGAGUUCACGAUAUGCUGGCAGGGCCGUGAUGAAUUAUUGAGUGUGACACGUGCUCAAAAAGCAUUGCUGAAAUGGGGCUAUGCGGUGGAGGACGUGCGAUCAUUACUGGAAUAUGUUGAUGAUGAUGGAGAUGGACUGCUUGAUUUUUCGGAAUUCUUAGGGUGGACUCACCAGCGCUUCAGUGCUUGAGCUGUGUCGACAAGUCUAG